GUGUAUUUAGCACUACCUUAGGGCAGCAGAGACGUGCUGCUGCACGGGAGGGUGGUGCCAGACGUGGGCAGGAAGGGCUGCGACCCCUGAAGGAUUGCGCAAUUUCCUCUAAAGAACUAUUUAUAGGGGGUUCAGCGGGCCGGGAGCCCGGGCACGGCAGCAGCGGGACAGGUGCUGAGCUGCCCCUGCACAGCCCUCGCCUCCCAGCUGCGCUCUGCCCUGCGCUGAGCCAGCCCAGCUGCACCUGCACGGCCUGACUGCACCAUCCCGAGAUGGGACAGGACAAUUGCAAACCCCAGCCCGGGGACCUGAUCGAGAUCGACCGGCCAGGUUACCAGCACUGGGCCCUGUACGUGGGGGAUGGAUAUGUCAUCCAUGUGACAGAUGAAGGAGCCUCGUCCAUUUCGCUCAGCAGCUCAUCAAUACAUGCCAAAAGAGCCAAGGUGAAGAAGCAGCUCCUGAAGGUGGUGGUGGAAAAUCAUAACUGGCGUGUCAACAACAAGUAUGACUGCUCCUUCACUCCUUUCCCUGUGAAGGAGAUCAUCCGGCGUGCUGAGCAACGGAUUGGCAUGGAGGUGCAAUAUAAUGUGCUUACCAACAACUGUGAGCAUUUUGUCACAGAGCUCCGCUAUGGAGUGAGAGUCUCUGAGCAGGUUGAAAAAGCAGCUGCUGGGGGUGCUGCAGCAGCUGUAGGAGGUAUCAUUCUUGCUGGUGCUGCUCUUAUUGGGAAGGCAUUGUCCGAGGGUGCAUCCAGGAGAUAGUGCUACUGAUGGGCUGUCAGGCAGAGCUUGACCGAGGCAGGCAGAGUCCCUGGCCACAGCAGUCACUGGCCAGCUUUUACAACACGUGCCAUCAAGGCUUCCUAGCAACAGUUUCACCCUUGCUGUAAAGAUUAAACAAUCCUUAAUAAAAUGUCUGCAAUACAAAAUCA